AUGCUUCCUCCUGCGUUCAAAUAUACUCUCAAGCAAAGCCUCGUCUUUCUUUCGUGGAUUCCCGUCCUAUAUGUUAUUAACGAACAUGUCGCAUAUGUGGGUAUAGUAGACGGGGUCUCUAUGAAACCCACACUCAAUCCAGAAUCCAACGGUGCAAAGUUGGAUCAUGUGUUUUUAUGGAAGUGGAAUUGCAAAAACAUCAACAGCUUAAAAGUCAACGAUGUUAUCUUUCUCAGAUCACCAAUCAAUGCCGAGACUGUCUAUGUUAAGCGAAUCAAGGCCAAGCAAGGCGACCUUGUGGUACCCCGAUACCCCGAUACCCGUUCCAGGGUCUUGGUUCCUGUGAACCAUCUUUGGGUCGAAGGAGAUAACGUGCAUUCAAUCGAUUCAAACACUUAUGGGCCUAUCUCUACUGGUCUUGUGGUAGGUAAAGCUGUAUACAUAAUAUGGCCCUGGACUAGGUGUGGACCUAUUCCAAAUGGAGGCAGGGAAUGUCGUCAGAGUCGGCUAAGAAAUGAAAUUCCCUCCGAGAUGAUCCAGCUAGACCGUAAAUAG